AUGGGUGUCUACCAAACAUUGGGCAUUACAACUUCUGAUUUUCUUGAUUUUUUGAUUGAUGUUGAAAAGAGUUAUUUAGACAACCCAUAUCAUUCGUUCUAUCAUGCUGUUGACGUUACUAUGGUUUUAUAUCACAUGCUGGUGUUAUAUGACAUGUCUGCUUACUUGUGUCAAUUUGAUAUUGCUAUGCUUAUGCUGGCUGGUUUAUGCCAUGAUAUUGGUCAUCCUGGAAAAAACAAUCAAUUCGAGAUAGCCUGCAAAACAGAACUCGCUCAAGAAUUCAAUAAUUUGUCAGUUCUCGAAAGUCAUUCAGCAAAAAUGACUCUUGAUCUGUUUGAAAAGCAUGAUUUUCUGCGCAACAUUGAAGUCAAAAGCAAAGAAAUAUCACAAGGCAAAGUCAGCAUGACCAAAAACAGUUUUCGUUCAGGCACAGUUAGAAUGAUAUUGGCCACAGACAUGUCUUGCCACUUUUUACUCAAAGAUAAUAUCUCAGCCUUGAAACGCCAAAUAGACUGCCAUCAUCGUCAUCAACGGCAUGACGAAAAGUUAAAAUCGUUAUUUCCAGAAGACCAAGAUCCUUAUGCUUACUUUAAAGAGCGCUUUUUCAAUAAUCAGAUACCAACGACAACGAUUACCAAUGACGAUGAAAUGAAACUCGAUCAACACCAAAGACAAAUGAUGUGCAACAUAUUGAUCCAUGCGGCAGACAUAAGCAAUCCUUGUCGACCAUGGCCUGUUUUUCAACAACUCUCGCGGCUUGUCUGUCUUGAAUUCUUUCGUCAGGGCGAUGCUGAACGUGAAUUGGGCCUGCCUGUGUCACCACAAAUGGAUCGCUAUAAAGCUAAUCCUUCUAAAAUUAACGUUGGAUUUAUUGACUUUAUUGUACGCCCUUAUUUUGAGUCACUUUGUCAGUUAUUUACCAAGGCUAAUGAACUCAUCGUAAGAUGCGAUCAAAACAGAGAGGAAUGGCUACAUUUGGCUUGGGAGAAACCACCCGACCCAAAAGAUACCCAUUUACCUAGUAUCGAAGAAAGUCUAGGCGGUUCUAUUGAAGAACAAGUCAUGACAGUGGCUCCUGGUAGCGUUAACAUUCCAUCCUCGAUUGAACAAGAUAUCAGGCAGCGCAUUAUACAACUCAACCGCAGUAUUAGUUUUAAUGAUCAACAUCUUGUUUCUCAAUGUAGAGAAUGGUUACUGUCACCCUCAAAAGAAGAAAAAGAAAGGGAGAUGGAAGCACUUAGAAGAAAUAGUGAAGGUAUGACUGCAACAUUGUGUCAUACUCUUCCAGGAUUCAGUCAAUUGCAUAAAGCCUUUUAUAGUAGGCGACGAAAGAGCGAAGAAGUAAGCCAUCGCUUAAAUGCUUCUGGCAUGAAAAAUAAGAUGACAACUGCUACUGGUAUGACAACCACGACUUGA